AUGGUCUUAAAACGCAAGAGAUCGGAAUCCGAGUUUGGGUCGGUCUUCUCAUCGACCGAGCGGUUAGAGAGCAACACCUUCAAUUUUGACGCCUUAUCGGCAAUGGACACAGCCCGGCGCGGUUUCUUUGCCCCAAGGCUGUCCACGCCUUCUCACCUCCCCAGCCGCACCCUCAAGCGCUUCCGCGACAACAGACCAUCGGAGUCCGAGAUAUACCAGCAUACCUUGGACGUCCUGUAUUCCGCCCAGCGCCAAUCUCGCGAGCACCGCUAUGCGUCGCCCGAACCUCCCAGGUUUGCCAGCGCCGUCGUGUCCCUGCAACCUCAAGCCCAAACCCGCCAUGGAGCUCAACAGCGAUCGUUGCACGGCUUCUGGAACUUGCCCGGGCCAACGUCGUCCUCCACCUCGCUGGCGUCCUCUCCCGCCUCAUCCGCCAUGUCACCUCCAUCCCCCACUCACCCGCCGCAGUGCCUGCCAGCGAACUGCGAGGAUUGCGGCGCCAGGUUGGGUGGCGACGCUGACGAUGUGAUGAUGGACAUUACCGAUUACGGGUUCAUUCAGGAGAACCAUGUCUGUGGUGCGUGCGGGAAGACUGUCUGCUUCAGUUGCUCAGUCAGUAACCUGGGGGAGCAUCGCCGAUGCCUUGCUUGUGCCGAACCAAGGGGGGGAGUUGGGUGUUCGUGGUUGAGGAGGUAG